ACAUCCCAAAGUCAACACAUUUUAAACAUCCCAAAGUCAACUGUUAAUUUUUCUUAAAUUUCCGUUAAUUAAUGAAACAAAGCGUUUUGCUCUAUCAUUAAAAAACACUAGAUAUUUUAUCCGUGCUACGCGCGGAUUGUUUGGUAUAAUUAAACUUUUUUUUAAUUAAUUAAUUUAUAUUUAUUUUAAUAAUUUAUAUUGUAAUUUGUAAAGUGAUUUUUUGCCUCUGAACUCUCAUACUUAAAUUUAAAGCAACUAAAAGUUUUAUUAUCCUUAAUAAAUAAAUAGAUUUGUUAGUAUAUAAUUAACAAUUAAUUAAAAAGAAUUUUUAUUGAUUUGAUAAUUAUCAUUGUCUAAAAAUAAUUUAUAUUGGGUUAUAAAGUCUUCAUAUCUUAAAUAAAUAAUUAGGUUUGUUAAUAUAUUAUCAUAAAUUAAAAUGAUUUUUUAUUUGUUAAUUAUCAUUAUAUAAAAAUAAUUUAUAUUGUGUUAUCCAAAAUUAAUAUUUUACAUCAUUAUUUUUUUUUUAAAUAAAAGAGAUAUAUCUCUCUAUAUAUAUUGUAUAUAAUUUUAUAUAUACAUAAGUGUUUUUAAUAUUCUUACACGAUAAAGGAUAAUUUUACUAUAAUAAAUAACUUUGUGAUAUGUAAAAAAUUAAUAUUUAUUUUCUUACUAAAUAUUUCAAAUGCAUGAGUAUUUUUAAAUUGUAUGUUAUGUGAUAAAAUAAUUUUCUAUGAUAAAAAAACUCUGUAUGUUUGAUUUAAUAUUAAAUAUUCUGAACAUAUGAAAAUAGUUUAUUCUAGUGAUAUUUGAAUUGAUAAUAUAUUUAUUUAUAUGCAAUUAUUGUGUUUGCAACCAGUGUACCAUUGCAACAAAACUCUUUCUUGAGGUCCUUAAGUAAAAAAACAUGAACCUAAUAAUGGAAUCAGUUGAACCUCCUAGACCAACAGUCUAAGCCAUGUUAACAUCUAAGCUCAUUUCCUGCGAAAAAACACAAACAAUCAAUACAAUUUCUCAGUGGACGUUUGAGCUAGUUGUAACUCUCUAAACCAAGAACCUUACUUCUUCGUUAUAUCACUCUAAAUAAUCAUUGCUCGGUAGGCUUCUGAAGCUAUCCUCUUUGGAAAGUAUUGACCUUAUUUUCAUCUUAAAAAAUCUGCAAUAACUUGAAAUUAAGAAUCUUAUAACAGGAUUGAAAGCAAUACAAUAACAGCAUGUACACAUAACUUACAUAGAAACUAUUUUACCUUAAAUAUAUGCCUCCCUGGAUCUUCUCAAUCGUAGGCGGAUCCAGCGACGUCACAUUAUAAAAAAAUAUUUACAUUAAGUACAAUUAGAUAAAUUGUAAGCUAAUUAUUGAAGAAAUUACAAAUUUUAGUAUGGGGCAAGUGCCACCCCUAUGUUCUUUGCGUCCGCCCCUGGUAACCUGCACACAACAAUGAAGAACUAUUUCUUCUUACUAAUGCUUUAAAAGAAAAAGAGAAGAGAGAUUACAUUCAAGACAGCACCAGAGUUGGAAACUUGAGAGGAAGGGAUACAAUUAAUGGGUUUGCUUCUGUAAGGAAUUCUGCAAAGUUAAUGGAAGCUUUUCCUAGAAAAGCCAAUUUCGAAGAACCCUAAAACCAAUUUUGGAGAAAGAAAACCUUGUUGUAGCCUUCCCGAUUUGAAAGCCAUUUUCUGAGGUGCUUAUACGGUUUUCAGUAUUUUGGCUAGGGGAAGAGAAUGUGAAUAUGAGUAUAAAUAAGUGAAAAGCGGAGGAAUUUUGGUAUGAAAUAGACCUAAGUCAAUUGAUAACAUUGCCAUAUGUGUAUAAGAAAAUGUUCAUUUUCCAUCAAAUAGUUUAAUAUCUUAAAUAACAAUGCUUAGUUUCAUGUGUGUUUCGGAAAUAUUAUUAUCCGAGUAAGUGUUCGUUUUUAAACUUUGAUUAUGGCUUCUUGUAGGAAAUAAGAAAGUUUAUAAAGCAAAAGAAAAAACAAAAAAGUUUAUAAAGCUUGAGGUCUGCUAUUAUAUGAUAGUUUAAUGAUGCGAUCUAUGAAUCUUAGGGUGAAAACAGUUAUGAGCAUUAGUUGGGCUUUAAAAACUUUGAUUUGAGAAAAUCACUGGACUGAUAGGUUAGUUUAAAAGUUGUCGUGUUUUGCUGUAAAGAAUAGAAAUUUUCUCAAAAAGUUGUCGUGUUUUGCUUUUGUGUUGACAAUAAAGAAUAGAAAUUUUCUCAAAAAAAAAAGAAAACACAGAGAAUAGGAAACUAUCAAUAACUUAAAUAUAGAAACUUUAUUUAUCCAAGUUUCGUAUUAUUUUUUAGAUUUCCAAUUUCUAGUUUAUCGUCAUCUAUCAUAUAUAUAUGUAUGUUACGGUUAUAAAACAUUGUUAGCAUCUUACCUCUUUGUUGACCAGGUUCCACGACAAUGGCACUGAAGCUACCAUAUGAUUUGGAAGAGGAAAUUCUCGCCAGAGUUCCAUGGAAAUAUCUUGCAACGUUGAGAUGUGUAUGUAAGCUUUGGAAUAGUCUUAUUUUGGAGGAGAGACUCAACAAGAAGAACUUGUCGUUUCACAUGCAUAGCUAUAGCGGUGAACAUCGGUUUAUACUCACCGACCAUGGUGGUCCUAAGAUCUCUGCCGUGGGCAUUGAGGAGCAGCAAAACAACGUGGACGAUCCUCCGUCUUUGAUCGUCGAAGACUUUACCCUUAGAAAAGCUCGAACAUGUAGUCCAAUUAGUGUGUACAGGGCUGUUCAUUGCGAUGGUCUGUUGUUGUGUGUCAUGGAAAACCAGCUUCUAGUUUGGAACCCCUUACUGAAGGAAACGACUUGGAUCAAAUGCGGUAGUGACUUUCACCAACGUGAUGAUGCCUACAGCCUUGGAUACCUCAGCCAUUGUGAUUUCAGGAUCUUAAGGUUUCGGUGUGCUAGUAAUUCGAGAAAUAGACCUUCAAGAGUCGAGGUCUGUGAAGUUGCAUCCAAGACAUGGAAGGUUAUAGAUAACAUCAGUUUUGAUUGGUUCCUUAGUGUGCCAUUGUCGAUCCUGUCUCUGAGAGGAACUCCUUAUUGUAUAGGUCUUCGAGAAGAUCAUACAGCUUUCGUACAAAGCUAUGACUUUUACAAAGAGAGUUUUCAGCCCAUAGAUGACCUGCCAUUCAGCUAUGAUGAGUUGAAUCCUAUUGCACUAGAGAUUUAUAAAGGAGAUAGGCUUUCGGUGUUGGAGCAAUGUCACAAAACAAGGAAGAUAUGCAUAUGGGUGAAGCAUUGGCUCAUGCUUACUUCUUGGACCAAAUUAUUGGUCGUGGACAUACCAGAGUUUCCGCUGUUAUAUCCACGUCCCACCCUCCUUUCUACGAAUUAUUAUUUCGACAAAAACGAUAAACUCGUCAUAACUUAUAAGCACUUUGGCAUGAAGGGACUGUCUAUUAUCAGAGUCGUCAACGACAAGGAGUUCCAAGUAAUUAAAGCUAAUGUAUCGGAAAUUCGUUUGCCUUUUUUAUGCAGCUACGUUCCAAGCUUAGUUAGGCUUCCAGGGUUUUGGAAGCAAGACACCAGUCGGAUUCGUUGGAGAAAACGUAGAUUCAACUAGUUUGUGUUUAAGUAUAUAUAUUAUAUAAUAUAUAUUUGUUCUUUUUCGAAAGAGUGUUGAAUUUAU